AUGGCUUCCUUCUCCGCCCCUGCGACCGUCCUCUUCGUUGCCGUCGUCGCUCUCCUUGCCUCCUCCACCGCCGCCCGGCCCGGCGCCCCUUUCCACCCCCGCAACAUCCUCUUCAUUACCUAUUCCAUCUCCACCACCGGAUCCUCCUCCACUGCGGCCGACGUCUCCGCCGCGCCCCAUCGCUUCUACCGUUUCGUCUCCAUAUGCCGCACCAUCACCCCCUUCUCCUCCUCCGCAUACGCCUUGAACGACGGCCGCCCGUUUCUGAUCCGACGGCCGCACCUGGUCCGCCGCGCGGUCGCCGAGCCCGCCGGCCUCGGGUUCGGCUCCCUCCAGGAGCGCGCCAAGGACAUCAUCGUGGUCGUGGCUGGCCUUCUCUUCGGCGUCGGCUGCGGCGCCCUCACCGCCGCAACCAUGUACCUUGUCUGGUCCCUCGUCUCCAACCACUACGAUGCGUGCGCAUCCGACGGGGAGGAGGAAGAGGAUUACAUGGCUGAUAGCCCCAAGAAGGUGGGGUACGUCCAGAUCCCGGCCGCCGAUCAUGCCCCGGCCAAAGAAGGGUAUGAGGCGAAUUAG